AUGAGUCUCCCGCAGGCCGGCCGUCCCACGGGCACAGGCACAGGCGCAGGCGCUGCAGUGACGUCGCCAAUAGCUGGACCCGGAGCCACGCACAGUCACAACCAGAGGAGUCGUGGCUUUGCCUCAUGGGGACAUGGACACGGACAUGGACAUAUCAAUGUGCACCCUAAUGUCCAUAUUUCACAACAGAACAAAUACCGAGGCCAGAUGUCCCUUUUGAGAUCAAAUAUAGCAACUCCCCACGUCGCUUGUCUACGUCUUCGCCUACGCGCCCUACAAAAAGCUUCCAUCGUCGCCGCCCUAUCGACGUGCGCCUACCUCUCAGCCUCGUCUAAACUCUCAUCCUACCACGUAUCAAAUACUGCUUCCGUCACUCGCCCUUCGACUAAUUCGCUACCACACCUCGCUCCCUUUCGCAACAAACUUCGAUCGCCACACUCGCUCGUGAAAACUCCAAUGUCGCAGAUACGACCGCAUACUGGCCAAGGCCAAGGUCAAGGCCACGACCACAAAGAUGGUCAGAAUCACAGCCACGGUCAUGACCACAGUCAUAGCCAUGGCAUAUUGGGCCACCAUCACCAUCACGACAACGCGUACCUAACUUCAGGCAACAAAGACGACCCCGGUGUCCGAAUCACCCGGAUUGGCCUGGUCUCUAACCUGGGCAUGGCAAUCGCUAAAUUCGCAGGUGGAUGGGCUUUCAACUCCAAAGCAAUGACCGCCGACGCAUGGCAUAGCAUCACAGAUCUCGCAUCCGAUAUCUUGACACUCGCGACAGUCACAUGGAGUCUCAAACCACCGACAGACAAAUUCCCCAUGGGCUUUGGCAAGGUAGAGAGUCUGGGAUCACUCGGUGUCUCGAGCAUGCUCUUGGCCGGAGGUCUUUACAUGGGUUGGGACAGCGGUAUCAGUCUUUAUGGGCACUUUUACCCUGAAGCGGCACAUGGAAUUCUGGAGCACGUCGGACACGGUCAUAGCCAUUCUCAUGGAGCUGCAGCUCUUGGGAUCCCGAGUAUGCAUGCCGCUUGGCUUGCAGCAGGGACCAUUCUGAUUAAGGAAUGGCUUUACCAUGCGACAAUGAAGGUUGCCCGGGAACGUAAAUCGUCGGUUCUCGCGUCGAACGCCAUUCACCACCGAGUCGACAGUUUAACGGGGUUCGUCACUUUGGCAGCCAUCAUAGGAGCUAAUGCAAUGGAGAAUGCGGCGUGGCUGGAUCCCGUCGGCGGUCUUCUCAUCUCCAUCAUGGUUAUCCAGGCUGGUGCCGGAAACACAGUUGCUGCUUUUCGCGAACUGGCAGACCAGGGCAUUGAUGAUGAGAUCAAGUCUUCAGUAACAAAACAGGCUAAUAAAGCAUUGAAGAACGUGGUUGAAGGACAUCAAGUUGCUCUACGCGAAGUGAGCGGUAUCAAAUCAGGCCAGAAUUAUCUUGUGGACCUCGAGAUGACCGUACCUGGUGCAUGGUCUGUUGACACAACGCAGCAAGUCGAAGACGCUGUGCGGACCCAAGUCGGAGGGAGAGUACGCGGUGUCAGAAGAGUUCGCAUCCGAUUCUCACCCAAGGAGGCUACCACCAAGGCAAGGUUUGAUGACUUUAUCCCUGGGACUGUGGUUCUGCCACCAGAGACCGAGGAGGAUGCGUCUGAGGCAGAGGGUGAGUCGAACCACAAUCAUGAGCAUCAUGAGCACCACGAUCACAGGAGUAGUGGUCAUGUUCACGAACCCAAUGGCUCCCAUGAACAAGGCGAUGGUCUCAGGAACAGAAAUAAGCAAUAG